AUGACAACCUUAGAAGUAAAUGAAAUAACUCAACAAGCUCAAAAAUAUCCAAGUCGCGAGUAUGAUUCUCCGUUUGGGUUCACAUCUCAAAUUCGGAGAGGCCGCGUGUUCGAAUCGCGCUUCGGGCCCUCAUUCUUUUUUGUCUUUUUGCUUUCUUUUUUUUUACUUCGGAAUAAAAUCUUCAUAAAUACGGUUAACUAA